CUCUCUCUCUUCCUACCUUGCCAGUUUGUUCACAGAGCUCGUGGCUGACGCAACCAAUCGACUGCUCCCCAACCUGUCUUCUCACCUCCACCAUGGCCGCCGUCGAGAGGAAACCCUUGGACCUGAACCCCUUGAGGGAAGCCAAGCUGCCCGUCAUCUUCGUCUUGGGCGGCCCGGGCUGCGGCAAGGGGACGCAGUGUGACAAGAUCGUGAAGCAGUACGGCUACACUCACCUCUCGUCCGGCGACCUGCUGCGAGAUGAGGUCAGCUCGGGCUCGGAGCGCGGCAAGGCCCUCAACGCCAUCAUGGAGAAGGGCGACCUGGUGCCCCUCGAGGUGGUGUUGGAUCUGCUGGCGGAGGCGAUGCUGAAGCGAGUGUCCACCUCCAAGGGCUUCCUCAUUGACGGGUACCCGCGCGAACAGGCCCAGGGUGUCCAGUUCGAGAAGUCGAUCUUGCCAUGCACCAAGGUCCUGUACUUCGAGGUGCCCGACGAGGUGAUGGUGGAGCGCCUCCUGAACCGCGCCAAGACCUCGGGCCGCGUCGACGACAACGAGGAGACCAUCAAGAAGCGCCUGGCGACCUUCCACAAGCACUCCGAGCCCGUCAUCGAUUACUACAAGGACAAGUGCAGCACCAUCGUCGCCCUCGCCUCCCCCGACGACGUGUUUACCGAGGUUAAGAAGGCUCUCAGCGGUCUCUAGAGCUCGAUGUUAACGGCCAUGGAACGAUUACUUUUUGCCGAGGUUCCUUUACUUCGGUUCGGUUUGACGACACAUGAACUUAAACUUGAUAUUGAAGGGAUUACUGAACGAUUUUAAAGACAGGAGGACGUGUUCGGUUCGGUUGCGUGGAAGUCCUAGCAGCUGAUGGUGGUAAUGCAGAAGAAAAGACAAUGAAAAAAAGAAAAAGGCUGGUGUGGUCUCGGUGAAUAGAUGUGUGUGUGUGUGUGUGUGUGUGUGUGUGUGUGUGUGUGUGUGUUCGCCCGUGAUAGUGAAAGAAAGAAAAAAGAAACUGGAAGAAAGUAUCGUAAGUAGACUGCUUGUGGUGGUGACAUUGGGUGAGGUUAUUGUAUAUUUACAUGGUUACGAUUUCCUAUGAUGCGGAAGCUGAAGAGAAUAAGAGAGCGUGAUGUCAUGAAGUCAAUUUUAAACAUCACACGCCUUGGUCCAGAACUGUUAUUUAUCCAUCUCUUUUUUUAUAUAUAUACACACAGUUGUUUGUUGUAAUAUAUAGACGGAAAUCACAAUAACCUUCAUAACACUCCGGUUUUAAUUAAUCCCAAAGAGUAUACGAAUAAAAGAAGGCAAAGGAAUAAAGAAGAAAAUAAAUGAAGAAAACCUUGUAAUAGUAUCCAUGAAAAGUAGGUUAGAGGACAAGGGAGUAAAAGAAGAAAAAAGGAAGAGUAUACGAAAAAAAAAAGAAUGAAAAAUAAACGAAGAAAAACUUGCAGUCGAUCUCUCCUAUGUAGGAUACUCUCUCUCUCUCUCUCUCUCUCUCUCUCUCUCUCUCUCUCUCUCUCUCUCUCUCUCUCUCAUUCUUUACUUCCUUCUUCAUUGUCUGGCUUCCCUCUCUUCUUCCUUCUCGGUUUACUGUCGUUUCAUCAUUCUCUCUCUCUCUCUCUCUCUCUCUCUCUCUCUCUCUCUCUCUCUCUCUCUCUCUCUCUCUCUCUCUCUCUCUCUCAUUCUUCACUGCUUUCUUUAUUAAUGCGUUACUAUAUAGAUAUUGCCAUGAGCCGAGUCGCAUGCGCCGAGUAACACAGCGGUGACUUAUCGAUAUAGGAGGAGGUGUUACUGCUUGAAUCACAGGUGUACUACAGGUGCUAAUUUAUUUAUGUUCGAGGUGGUGUUUGUAUGAUUGUGUGAAGGUUACUUGUGUUAUUCAAUUGUUACGAGUCUUCCGCUACCACACACACACACACACACACACACACACACACACACACACACACACACACACACACACACACACACACACACACACACACUGCAAUACACGCACAUAAUGUUAUAAAUGGCCUGUUUUCCAUAUUCUCUCUCUCUCUCUCUCUCUCUCUCUCUCUCGUUGGCAAUUUGUAAAUUAACUUGUUGACAUUUUCUGAUGUUUUAUGGCGAUGAAAUAAACACGAAAAAAUA